UUUUUUUUUUUUUUUUGUCGUUUGUGUCUUCAUGAGUUCCAGGUUACAAAGAGGGGAUCGUUUAAAACAAUUGAGGGAGUCCAGACUUUCAAAAGGCAAACCUAAACGUCAGGAGGAUGUAGAUCUCUAUGACGAAGUGAAUGAGGAAGAUGCACAACAAGACGAAGACUUUGUUGUUGACGAUGAUAAUGCAGGAUACAUUGAUAAUGGAGUUGAUGAUCAACAUUUCUCUGAUGAAUACGAACAAGACCCUGACCAAUCCAAGCACGGAAAAAGAAAGAGAAAGAGCACAAAGAAGGAGAAAGUAAAAGAAAAGGAAAGCACCGUAGCUAAACCAAAUCAACAAAUCAAUCGAUUCUUUAACAAUUCAACUUUAAAAUCUGCCAUGAAACCUAAAGCUGCCCCUAUCGAUGAACAAGAAUCAGAAGAUUUCAUGAAGGAUUUAUUAUCUAGUUUCGAUACUGGUAAACCCUCUCUGAACACGACAAAGAACCCUUUCAUGACGAAAAAACCUAUUGUGAAGGGUCGACCCAGAACGUUUGCAAAACCAGUCAGAUUUGAAGAUGAUGAUGUGGAUAUUUUUGUAAAGGAUGAACCUGUUCGUGAAACUUUACCUGUGGAGAAUGACGAUCCGAUGGAUGAGGGUGACGAUAUGUUUGACGAUGAUAUAGUAUUCGGCGAUGAAUUUUUAAAGAAGGAAGUCGCUGGUCUCACGAUAGCUGACCCUCUUAAACCCAACUUUCUUACUGUCAAUAAAAAUGCACCUAGACCCGAUCUCCAGAGUUGGAAAGCAGCCGAAGCUAGUGUGGUAGAUACGUUCAACCAAGAUGAAAUUAGAAUCGAUGCGAAACAAAUGGAUAUCUUUGAAUCCGAUGGACAUUUAAAAAUGUGGUGGUAUGAUGCUUAUGAACGUAAAGAAAAAGGUUAUGUUUAUGUAUUUGGUAAAGUCUUGAACAAGCAAACCAAGAAAUAUGUUAGUUGCUGUGUUACUGUAAAAAAUAUCGAACGAAAUCUAUUUGUUUUACCCCGUAAAUAUAAACUGGAUGCUUCUGGUGCCGAAACUACCACACCAGUGGACAUGACAGACGUCUAUUCCGAAAUAUCCGAUCUUUGCUCGAAAUACAGAAUCAAAAAAUUUGCCUCCAAAGAGGUCGUUAGAAAAUAUGCCUUUGAGUUGAAGGACGUUCCUGCCGAAUCCAGUUAUUUAAAGGUCCUGUAUGAUUAUGAACAACCUGCGUUUAGUGGAGGAGAAAGUGGAAGGACCUUCAGUCAUAUUUUUGGCGCUACAACCGGUCCUCUCGAACACUUUUUGACAAAGCGAGAUAUUAUGGGUCCAUGCUGGUUAGAUAUUGCUGAUGCCAAAUUCAGUAAUACAAGUGAAACCUGGUGUAAAUUGGAAAUCUCUGUAGAUGAUCCCAAAACUGUAAAUCCUGUCAUGGAUGCAGCAGGAAACCGACCUCUUGAAGUACCACCACUUGUCGUCCUGUCACUUUCUUUACGUACGAUCUUGAAUGAAAAGAAGAACGUCAACGAGAUUGUUGCUUUUAGUGCACUUGUAUGUGAUCAAGUCAUGAUUGACGAUACCAAGCCUCUUGAUUUACAAUCCAAGAUGAGAUUCACAGCUGUACGUCAAUUAGAUAACAAACCCUAUCCUGCUAGCUUUUUGGAGGCGGUUGCUAAAGAAAAAAAAGAGAAUGGAUUGAUUAUUCAAACAGAUAGAACCGAAACAGCGCUUUUGAAUUAUUUAAUUGCGAGAAUCCACAUGUGUGAUCCUGAUAUUAUUGUGGGUCACAACUUUGCUGGAUUUGAUUUAGAUGUACUUUUGCAUCGUAUGAAAGCAUUGCGUGUUCAACAUUGGCAUCGAUUGGGUAGACUUAAGCGUACAAAUUGGCCCAAAUUACAAGCGGGUGCUGGUGGUGCUGGUGAUUCUACCUAUCAAGAGAAAUUGAUUAUGAGUGGUCGACUUGUGUGUGAUACAUAUUUGGCCUCCAAGGAUCUGAUCCGAAGUAAAUCUUACCGUAUGACGGAUUUAGCCCAAUCCCAAUUGAAGAUUGCGCGUGAAGAUAUCGAGUUUGGCAAGACUGCCGAAUACUUUGAAAAUGCCGAAAGUUUACUUCAUUUAUUAAAGCAUUGUUCGUUUGAUGCUUUCUUGGCGUCUGCGCUCAUGUUUAAGCUUCAGAUCUUACCAUUGACGCAUCAAUUGACCAAUUUGGCAGGUAAUUUGUGGUCCCGAACAUUGACAGGUGCUCGAGCGGAACGAAACGAAUUUUUGUUGUUGCAUGAAUUUCACAAGGCUAAAUACAUUUGUCCCGAAAAAUCAUUUGGUGCACCCAAAACUGCCGUCGUAGUGCAAGCAGCUGAACGAGAUGGAGAUGAAGAGGCUGUGGCGAUGGCUACCGAUAACAACAAGAAAAAGGCGGGCAGUGGCAAACGUAAACCUGCCUAUGCUGGUGGUCUGGUUUUGGAACCCAAAAAGGGAUUCUAUGAUAGAUACGUCAUGUUGCUUGAUUUCAACAGUUUGUAUCCUUCCAUCAUCCAAGAAUAUAACGUUUGUUUCACCACAGUCGAUCGUAGUAAGUUUGUAGAGGGUACAGGAGAAAACGGAGAAGAAAAGGUACCCGAAGUUCCCAACGAAGGAUUGGAUCAAGGUAUUUUACCUCGAUUGAUUCGUACGUUGGUCGAUCGUCGUAAGCAAGUGAAGCGCAUGAUGAACAAUUAUAUCUCGGAAGCGGCCUAUAUGCAAUUGGAUAUUCGACAAAAGGCACUCAAGCUAACUGCUAACAGUAUGUAUGGCUGUCUUGGUUUCACCUAUUCUCGAUUCUAUGCCAAACCUUUAGCGAUGUUGAUUACUCAUAAAGGUCGAGAGAUUCUUCAGAGUACAGUGAACUUGGCUGGUCAUCUUGAAAUGAAUGUCAUUUAUGGCGAUACUGAUUCUAUCAUGGUCUAUACGAACUCUACUGAUUUAGAAGAAGUCAAGAAAAUGGGUUCUAAAUUAAGAAAGAGUGUAAAUGAAAGAUACAAGCUUUUGGAGAUCGGUAUUGAUGGAUAUUAUAAACACCUGUUAUUAUUGAAAAAGAAAAAGUAUGCAGCACUUUUAGUGGAAGAAAAGGCAGGACAAUUAGUGGAGACGGUUGAGACGAAAGGUCUUGAUCUUGUACGUCGUGAUUGGUGUGAUUUAUCACACGAUGUCUCCUCGCAUGUAUUGGAUCUGAUCUUGUCGGAUAAAGAACGAGAAGAUGUGAUCAACGAAAUUCAUCUGUACCUUGAAGUGGUUGCUGAAAAGAUUCGUCAGGGCGAGAUUCCGUUGGAAAAAUACACGAUUAACAAACAAUUGACCAAGAAACCCCAAGAUUAUGCAGAUGCCAAGACGCAACCCCAUGUGCAAGUGGCUUUACGCAUGUUGAAAUCGGGUCGUAAUGCAAAGAACGGUGACAUGGUGCCUUAUGUGAUUUGUAAAGUAAAUGAGGAAACGAGCGGUGAUAAAAAGGGAGCUGCACUUCGAGCUUAUCAUCCAGAUGAUGUGGUGAAACAGGGCAUGCAACUUGAUAUCGAAUGGUAUCUUUAUCAACAAGUACAUCCUCCCUUGACUCGUCUUUGUUCCCCCAUUGAAGGUACUGAUCCUGCACGAUUAGCAGAAUGUCUCGGCUUAGAUACAAAGCGAUACAAUUUCAAUAUUGGACAAGCAGAUAACUCUGUCGAAUUUGUUACCCUGGAUUCUCAAACAAGUGAUAGUGAAAGAUAUAAAUCAUGCGACAAACUUUUAUUGAAUUGUAGAUGUGGAGAAAAGGGAAUUGAAUACACUGGUAUUGUUCGAAAGAUUGAUGAACAGACCAUCCAAUGCGGUUUAGAUUGUCCUAAAUGUAAAAAGACGAUUCCUGUAGCGAGUCUCAAGGUACAAGCGCAACUUGCGGCUCGAAGCUAUAUUGAACGAUACUAUAAUAACUGGUAUGUGUGUGAUGAUAUCACUUGUGGUAAUCGUACACGCCUACUGUCCGUAUUCGGUCGUCGCUGUGUUGUCCCCAGCUGUCGAGGUUCUGUGAAGCGAGAGUAUUCGGAUAAGCAAUUGUAUACCCAACUUUUGUACUUGUCCAUGGUAUUUGAUCCUGUGAAAGCAAAAAGCAUAAAAUGGACUGGGCAGGCCUUAAUUCAAUCCGAAAUCCUGAUUAACAGACACUAUCGCACAUUACUAGCUGUAUAUCAGACUGUUCAAAAACAUCUUGAUCGUUCAGGAUAUCGACAUGUUGAUAUUUCCAAAUUAUUAUCCCAAAUUAACCUUUCUUAAAGUUUUACAAUAAAUAAACAUUC